AUGGGAGUGAGGCAGGGCUGUUUGCUCAGCCCAACACUUUUUUCAUUAUAUAUUAAUGAUUUGGAGACAUACUUAGAUGGUGGUGUGUGUGUGGAGGGUAGUGGCAGAAUCAAGCUGUUAGCGUAUGCAGAUGACAUAGUUUUACUCGCCUCUCACCCUGCCUCUUUACAGGGAAUGAUCAGGUCUUUACAGCAGUACUGCCUCAGAUGGAAUUUAAGAAUAAAUCUGAAUAAAUCUAAGAUUAUGGUGUUCAGAAAUGGGGGUAGACCUGCGAAAAGUGAGAGGUGGUAUUUAGAAACUGAGGAGAUAGAGGUGGUGAAUGAAUAUAGGUAUCUGGGAAUCCGACUCACGCCGGCUCUGUCAAUGAACAAACAUGUUGCGGAUGCUGUGGAUAGAGCAAGGAUGGGAUUAAAUUCUAUCUGGAGACCUCUUAUAGACAACGGCGAUACUGCGUACCCGACUAAGCUAAAAAUAUUUAACACAGUCAGCAGGUCUAUUUUAUGCUACGGCGCUCAGGUUUGGGGAGGAGAGAUGCUUGGACAGGUAGAAGGGUUUCUGCGGUCUUUCAUCAGGAGACUGUUCAGGCUGCCUCAGUACGCCCCCACAGCUUUUCUCUAUGCUGAGACGGGUCUCCUGCCAAUUUUUCUCUACACUGUGAAACUACACUUCGACUAUAUAAUAAGAAUUUUAUCCCUACCAGAUAAUAGACUCCCGAAGAUCCUAGCCAAGCAGAUUGUAAAUAAGGAAAUAUAUUGGUUUAAGGAAAUAAAAAGGCAUAUCUUGCAAUUUAAUUUAGACCUGUCCUUAAAUCGGAACAAUAUCGACAGAGUUGAACUGUGGAGGGAUGGUUUGAGACUAGUUAGACGGUCCAUUUGUGACAAUAUAAAGAGGCAAUAUUACACAACUUUGGCCAAUUCGGACAGUUUCCCACUCCAUAGAGAGCUUCUUUUCAAAUCCCCAAAUUAUCUAAUGGAUCUCUCGCUACCCUUAGAUAGCAUGCGGUGGAUAAUUAAAUGUCGAGGGGAUCUGUUUAACUUAAACUACAAACACUUCAAGCAGCAGGAUAUUAACUGUGAACUUUGUAGUGGUACAGAGCCGGAGGAUUUGUUCCAUUUCUUGGCAACUUGCCCAGCACUGAACGCUGUCAGGAAACACUAUUUUGAUAGGGAAACCCUGCCUAGUGAGAUGCUGCUAGAAUAUAUUAAUGGCAAGGAUUGGGCUGUAUUGGUAAAUUUCUGCAAAGAAGCUUAUUCUCUUAGAGCUAGAAUCAGAGGCACCUGGUGA